ACAAACUAAAAUGGCUCCAAAGAUUACCAAGUCCCAAUUGAUCCUCUCCGUCAAACCAGAUCUUCCAGAUGUUGAUGAUGAAACCGCUGAACAAAUGGCCGUCAGAAUGGACCAACAUUUGACUGACUUGGAAAAGAGAAUCAGAGAUGUCAACAUUGAAUUCUUGGAAUGGGGUGAAAUCAGAAGAGAAGAAAUGGCUUAUGGUUUGAAGAUGCUCAAGGUUAUUGCCACCAUCCACAAUGAUGAUGCUGUUCCUUUGGAUAGAGUUGUCUCCCUCUUCUACAAUGAAGAAGAAGAAGAAGCUGUCAUGGAAGGUGUUUCUUCAUGCGAAAUUGACUCAUGGAACAAGUUGUAAAUUGAAUAAUAAAAUAUUCAAUCCAAAUUGUUUUUAAUUAUAA